AUGGCGGGAAGACUGGACGAGGCCAAGCAAUUAUGUGCUGUUAUGUUUCACAUUACCUUAUGGAUCAUCUUGCCAUUGGUGUCACUUUGGCUGCCGUUCUACUUGUUAUUCACGAGAUUCUGGUUUCUGAUGUGUGCUUAUGCUGUUUGGUACUACAUCGACUUUGAUACUCCGGCUAAAGGAUCGAGGAAUUGUGUGAGUUUAUUGGAGAGGUACUGGGGUGUAUAUUUAUAUUAUAACGUUGGCUUUGAAGUCUUUAAAGAUGUUGUUUUAGUGUGCAUUGAGAGAAUCGAGAAUCUGGAAACAUUUCGCGGAUUAUUUCCCGAUUACGUUAGUGAAGACAGCUGAAUUGCCUCCGAACAAGAACUACAUACUAGGGUAAGUAUAUUGUAAAGGGAUUUCUUUAUUUUGAUUAUUUAUUUUUAUUAAAAACAUGAUUUAUUAUCUUAAGGUAGGUUAGAAGAUGAGCAUAAUUUGUUUUGGUCAUAAAUUUUUUUAACUUGCUGUUAUAAACAUGAAAAUUGGUAUGGGAUUUGACAAUUUAUUUUAUCGAAUAUCGGCUGAAGAAGCUUUCAAAAAUUAAAAAGCAAACACAUUUAAAAUUUUUUUUAUAAUCUUGGGUAUAUUAUUAUGAUAUUGUUGUAGGUGCCAUCCCCACGGAGUAUUGAGUGUUGGAGCUUUUACCCAUUUGUGUACGAAUGGAACUGGAUUCAUGGAGAAGUUUCCUGGUCUCACAAGCAACAUUUUGACAUUGACUGGUCAAUUCUACUUCCCGUUCCGACGUGAAUUUGGCCUUUUACUGGGUAGGUCAUAUAUCAAUUUAUGUUAAUAUACGUUUUUUUGAGCGUCACUGUAGACUAUUGUAAAAUACGACAAUUGCUGAGUUGCCUUUUCAUACUUUAAGUUUUGUUGAGAUAUUUUAAAUCUAACUAUAAUCGAAGUAAUUUGGCAUAAUAAUAUAAAGUUAAUCUUUCAGGAGGUUGUGAAAGUUCUCGCCGAAGUUUGGACUAUCUUUUGUCUUCCCAAUCUAUCGGUCGAUGCAUUGGAAUUGUUGUUGGCGGAGCUGAGGAAGCUUUGGACGCGCACGAUGGGAAACACCAUCUGAACUUGAGUCAUCGUCGAGGAUUCUGCAAAUAUGCCUUGAAAUACGGAGCUGCAUUGGUACCAUCGUACUCAUUCGGUGAAAAUGAUGUGUUCAUUCAGUCGGACAAUGAACGUGGCACCAAUUUGAGACAGGUUCAAGUAAGUCGGUGGUAGUGUGAAAUUUUAUAUCUCCUAUUUUCAGACCCUAAUCAAGAAGGUUUGUGGCUUUUGUCCUCCUCUAUUCCAUGGUCGUGGAUUACUCUACAAAUCUUUUGGUCUUCUGCCAUUCCGAAAGCCAAUAACUACGGUAGUUGGUGCUCCAAUUCAAGUGGAGAAGGUUGAGGAACCAACUCAUGAACAGAUCAACGAGUUGCACCAAAAGUAUGUUCGAGAGCUGACAAAGUUGUUCAACGAGCACAAGAGCAAGUAUGGCAUGGAUCAACACGACAAUUUGGUCAUUCAUUAG